AUGGCGUCAAAGUCGUUCUUCGCAGUCGUCGCUGGUGUCGGAGCUGGAACAGGACGUUCCGUUGCCGUCAGAUUCGCAAAGGCGUAUCCCGUCGUGCUGCUUUCACGCAAGCCAGAGAGCUACCAGGACGUCGUGGCGGAGAUCAAGAACAGCGGUGGGCAAGCCAUUGGGCUGACAGCGGAUGUCAAUGAUCCUGCGUCGCUGAAGAAGGCAUUCGAGACGGUCAAAGAGCAGCUCCCGGGGAGCAGGCUGGCAGCAGCCAUCUUCAAUGUCAAUGGAGGAUUCUCGCGGAAGCCCUUCUUGGAGCUCGCUGCUAACGAGCUGGAUAGCGCUGUCGACGGCACUGUCAAGUCAUUCUUCCAUUUUGCACAGCAGACUCUGCCGCUCCUCCUGGACUCGGUGGCUGACUCGCCCAACCCUCCCUCGCUGAUCAUCACGGGCGCAACCGCGUCUGUCAGGGGAUCGGCAUACUUUGGAUCCUUUGCCGCGGGCAAGUUUGCCCUCCGCGCUCUCGGGCAGUCUCUGGCGCGUGAGUUCGGGCCCCGCGGCGUUCAUGUCGCUCAUGCUAUUAUUGACGGUGUCAUCGAUAUCCCACGGACGCGAGAGUAUAAUGUCAAUAAUGGGGCUGAAGAUGGGAAGAUCCAGCCUGACGCCAUUGCCGAGACGUACUGGCAGCUCCAUGCCCAGCACCGCUCUGCCUUUACCCAGGAGAUUGAUAUCAGGCCUUAUGUUGAGAAGUUCUAG